AUGUCAGUUGCACCGGCGCUGUCAACAGAGGGGGCGUAUGACCGGGUUCCGGUGGUUGUUUCAUCUCACGAAUUAUACGAGGAUUCAAAGCUGAAUGAAAUCUACCAUACUGACGAGAUUGCAGCCCACAUUGUGGCAAAUAAUUACUCUGUUCCCUGCCUUCAGUUUCCAGAUCAUCUUCUUGAAGAUGCUUCACAGAUUGCCAGUGCAAUAGAACGUAAACUUGGGCAAGAUUUCAAAGGCAAAGUGUAUAUUCUAGCGGAUAGUGCUUACUCCCCGUGCUGCGUCGACGAGGUCGCAGCUCAGCAUGUCAAGGGGGAUGUAGUGUAUCAUUUUGGUAACGCCUGCCUCAACCCAGUCAAUUCUAUUGCACCUGUGUAUAUUUUGCAUGGUCAGAAGGUGGAUCUUGUCUCACUCGAAGAACAGUUAAAGCAGAAUCUAAACGCUAACACAAUUCUGUACGCCGAUACAGACCUUACACAUAUAGCGUUUGAUCUUGCUCAGCGCCUUGGUUGUACUAUGGCUUUGCCUUCACGGGCAACUUUUAUUCCGGCUUUGGAUAUUGAUGAAACCUUUAUUCCAUGUUUCCUACCCAACCGGCUUCUGCCUCCCAACCACUCAGAUCUUGAUGAUCGAACCAUUAUUUAUCUCUCUUCUGACUCUCCGUCAGACUCUCUUCUAUUGCAUCUUUCAACUCUAUCAUCUGAUCUUCAUGUGUUCGAUGCUAAAUCUGCAGGUUGUCCUGAGAUCACUCCACACCAAUCGUUGAGGAAGCGGUACCGCCUAGUAAAUAUGGCUAAAGCGGCAGGGACUAUUGGCAUCCUGGUCAACACCCUUUCGCUUCGUCACACCACAGAUGUUUUGCAGUCCUUGAAACGUUGGCUAACAGCGGCAAACAAAAAAUACUACGUGUUCGUGGUGGGUAAACCUAAUGUCCCCAAACUAGCAAACUUUGAGGCAAUAGAUUUGUGGGUGAUUCUUGGCUGUUCUAUGGGUGGAGUCAUUCUGGACUCAGGAGAGUUUUACAAGCCUAUCAUCACUCCUUAUGAACUACAGUUGGCACUCAAUAAUGAGUGGACCGGGAAAUGGCUACUAGAUUUUGCUGAAAUUCUACAACUCAACGUCAAAAAUCCCGAUGAAGAUGAUGAGCCGCUUUUCGACACGGUGACUGGUCGGUACGUUACAACGAACAAACCGUUAAAGCAGGCUGAUAACACCAAAGAUGGCCAAAACUCUCAAUUGGUGGGCACUUCUCAGUCUUUGACCGUUAGAAAUACCGUUUCAACGGCCGCAGAAUUCUUACAAACGAGAUCAUGGACUGGUCUAGGUUCUGAUCUUGAAGGUCAGGAGGGGAAGUUUGCCGAGCUGAAAAUCGGCAGGUCGGGCAUUGCACGUAAUUACACUUCCAAGUGA